AGGGACCCCUUUUACAGAUUUUAAUGAUGAGGAGUCAGAUAGUUCCGGUAUGAUUAGCUACUAUUGGCAUAUUUCUUCAUGAUUCUUGUUGACGCCAAGAUAUCAAUGGGACCCAAGAAAGUCGCGUUUGUCCUAUGAGAAUCAUAGAAGAUACAAGUCAAACUCUCGCGCAGGGAAUUUGCAAUUAUUGUCAAUUGAUUAGGAGGCAGUCAAGUCGAAUGGACGGCCCAAUUGUACUCAAAAAUGCCUCAGCUGAUAGAACUCAGCGCUCGGUCAACUAGCGCUACGGCGCAGUCUGCAGCGUUAACAGCUAACCAAGUAAAUCUCGCCAAAGUAGGCGAAACGUAGUACAAUAGGAGCAGGCGAAGGGGGGUGCGAAUGGUGGCGGUGGUGCAUACAUGUGCUACGGAAGCCAGCAUCCUCAGAGCCUUGCGAGCCCACAACCAGUCCACAGGAAUUUCUCAGUCUUGACAUUACUCAAGUCCUCAUGAUGAAUUGGGUCAUUUAGAACUGGAAAACAAUAAGAAUCAGGCUAGCAACCCAAUAAUGACGACCGAGGCCACCCGAGGCCGGUCUCAUACGAUACGGGAUUCGUCUGAGAAUUUGGAUCUUUCACUAGAACACGGCUCUGGUAACGACGCUGGGGCGAUUUCUAUUCCCAGCAACAAUGAGACCCGCCAUCUAGAUACCCAAACGUAUCGUAUAGAAACGCUGUCUCCGAUUCGGGCUAAUACGAAGAAGGGAAGAGUGACGCACAGGAGGUUGCUCCCUAUUCAUGUUUUUAUGAUCGCCGUCAAUGCCACUCUGGGGACAGGACUCUACUGGCGCGGCGGACAGAUCUUGGAGUUAGGCGGUUUCCUAGCCGUUAUUAUCUCCUUCUUGUUACUCGGAAUACUGUCAUGGCUAGUUACGCAGUGUAUUACCGAACUACUUUGUAUCUGGCCUGUCCCCGGUGCCAUGUCCGUCUUCGUACGCGAGUUUGUCGAUUUUGAGCUAGGAAUUACCGUGGGUGUCGCAUAUUGGUUCACAUACUCAGUCUCAUUCGCUGCAUUGAUAGCAUAUACCGCGGAAGAGGUUCACUAUUGGACUAGUGAUGUAGAGGAUGGGAUCGAUGCUGGAGUGUUAUAUUUACUUGUACCGGUAAUCUUGAUAGUCCUUAAUUGUUUUGGAAUUCAUAUAUAUGGAUGGUUCGAGGUUGCGACCGGUAUCAUCAAGUUAAUCUUCCUAGCCAUUAUUGGCACUGCAACGCUUGUAUUCGCUACUAAGAGCCCUAAAGAAACCAACGAGAAGCAUAGCUGGGCGCAGCCAGUCACGUUCGAUGAUACUGCAGCGCAAAGUUGGUUUCCUGCUCUAUGCAUAUGUCUAUCUACUGCAACAUUCGCUUAUGUUGGCGUCGAAGUUCCAGCAGCCGCCGCACUCGAAGCUCGUCCUACGACUGCCUCGGCCCAUAAGCGCAAUCAAGCCAGUAAUAUUGGCGAAACCGUUAGGUUUCCGUCGAAAUGGAUCUCUGUUUUCGCGUGUAUUGCAUAUACACUGGGCGGAAUCCUGGUAUCUCUAAGCGUCGACCCUACUGAUUGUCGGCUACCUCGGGUCGGUUGGCUGAACUACGAUAGCUGCGAGACCGUUCAGUCGGCAUUCGUUCUCGUCGCAAAAGUUCGCGGUAAUUCGGAAAUAGCGAGCGCCUUCAACGCAUUCCUUGUGUUCACCGCGUUGUCGUGUGCCAACACAAACCUUUACGUAGCAUCUAGAACACUAUUCGGUUUAACUAACCAGAUAGACGGUGGUCCAGACGAGCCUUGGUAUUUGAAUAUCCUUGCAUGGCUUGGUCGUACCAACAGCUACAGAGUUCCAAUCCGGGCGAUGACUGUAUCUGCGAUCGCUUUCAUUUGGGUACCGUUCCUACAACUUCUUCAUCCAGAUCAGCAACAGAGAGAGUCAAGUCAAGAAAGCCAAAUAGGAGAUAACGGGUCCCAAAAGAGCGAAAUCGGCGCUUUCAUUAACAUUCUUGCCGAGAUGGGCUCUGUCGGGGUGCUGAUCGCUUGGGCCUGCGAGUGCUUGGCAUUCAUUCGAUACUACCACUGUAUUAGCAAACACCGUAACGAACUUGUUGAACGAAAGGUGUCGCGUGUUCAGCGCUUCAGCGACAGGGAUGACAACGACUACCCAUAUAUAAGUAACGGGCAGCCAUUUACGGCAUAUCUAGGCUUAGCCGGAUGUUUGCUCAUCCUUUUGGUACUUGAUGGCGCUGCUCUAUGGAACAGGUUCUAUGUUGAGCCCUUUUUGUCGUCAUAUCUUAUCGUUGCCAUCUUCCUAUUGGUAUGGGUUGCCUUGAAGCUUUGGAGAGGUGCUAAGUGGUCACUCGUCGACCUUUCAAACCCAGACCUGGCCAUAGGUAUUAUCCGUGGUCUUCACGAGUCCAGUUAUGCAGGAUUUCAAACUGAACCCAAUCCCAAUCGUCGCAGAGGCUCAUCAAUAUGGGCACUGCGACAGCUAUCCAUAACUCCAUCCGCCCCAGCAAGGAAUGACGAGUAAUGUAUAACACAUGGAGCAGUGCUGUGACGUUUCUACAUUUUCGGACUAGGCAAUAGGGGUUGGAUUAAGUGUGAAUUGAUUAGGUACCUACCUACCUAUUUAAUGUAUAUAUCUAUAAAAAGGAGGGGAAGUUUGACGGUACUCGAGUAUCAUGAGCUUAACGUAACUAUAGCUCUCUGAAAAGAAAUAUAUUCUUGCAAAUCACAACAAUAAGACGAACGAAAUAUAAUUCGUCAAAUAAG